ACUCAAUGCUAGCUCAAAAAGUCAAUGCACUUAAGUGCUCAUGAUGUAAGUUGUCCUGACAGCACGUCACUAUAAGGACGUCUCUCUCAGGCAACAUAUGUGGCCAUCCCUUUUUAUCGUGCUACGGAACCCGUGGACUUCCUUGACACCCGCGACUAAAAAGUGUUGAUUGAUUUUGUCUGUGUUUCUUAUUUUCUUAUUUUCUUGAGACUUGACCUUUACAACAGAGUCUGCCUCGUUCAUCUGCCGUUGAUCCUUUUCCUUUCCUUGUUCUUACCCUGCCUUGUUUUAGUGACGAGUAAUCUCACGAGUAGACAAGAUGGCGAACGAAAGCGCGAAGUUCAUGAAGAACGCCUAUAUAGGCUGGACGUCAACGGCGGGCUUGCACUAUGACUUUAACUAUGACGCAGAGAAAGUCCGCGCGCUCAACGAGAAGGAGAAGUGGCGACUCAAAAGAGAGGGCAAAUGGAAGAAACAGCAGAUUGAAAUGACCAUGAUCGUGCCCUUCACGUUCACCUGCGAAACAUGUGCCGAAUUCGUCUACAUAGGUACUUUUACGAUUUCUGUACGUACUUUAGCAUUUCUUGUGAACAAUGCUUCACCUAUUACAUGAGCCUUUUGACAACGACAGUCACAACACUAAAACGCAAAGAAUUCUUAGAAACCUCGUGAAGCUUAUAUAUACUUUCAUACCCAUGCGACCGAGGUAACACAACGCAAGCAUUUGUAUUCAUGUCUAUCAUGAAGCUUCACCGUCCGCUAACCACGAUGAAUAUCAAUCAAUCUAUCAGGUAAAAAGUUGAACUUUAAGAUGGAGCGAGUACGUGGAGAGUACCAGUGUGGACUAAGCAUUUACCGUUUCUUUGGAAAAUGUCCACACUGUCAAUCCGGGUUUACGUUCAAGACGGAUCCGAAGUCUCAAGGUUACGUCAUGGAAAGCGGUGGUUCACGAGCUUACGAACACGGACAAACGGUUCUGGAAGGGGAGAAACUACUAGAAGAAGAGAAAGAAGAUUUAUGGAAAGGGAUUGUUUCAACUUCAUUUUUUGCGUCACAUGUUGAAAUUGAAAAGAAGCUAGCAUGAUCGCUAGCAGUUUCAAACAUUUAUAUUUACCCCACAAGGAGUAAGAACAUAAGAAGUUACAACUGUGGCAUUUCCUCUAUCUGAAGGUCCCCCUUCUAGGGCACUACUGGCGUCUUUUCUACCUCUCAAUGAUUAUGCUUUUUUCUAAGUUUAGCCGCGGCAGACAAGAUGCGGGAAAUUCAGCAGGCCGCCGAAAGCGCCGCGGAGCAGAUGCGCGUGCAGGAGGCGCUUGAGGAGACGAUGGCCAUUCAGAAACGGGCAGGCCGAGAUCGCGACAUGGUCAUUAACCAGGCUCUAGCGGCUCUAGACUUUUUAUACAGCGCAGCCCAGGACCGAGCGAUCCUCCAGGACGAGGACGGCAGUGGUGGCGCUAGGGAGGCAGAGACGGCAGCGGAGGACCUGGAGGAGUAUCUAGCCUUCAUGGCCAGAAUGCAGGUAGAAGCGGAUGAACUGAGAAACGCAAAGAUAGACCGGGAACUCCGCAACUUCGAGGCUGGCGGGAGUGCGGCUAGCAGCUCCACUGGAGGUGGGCUUGAGUCAUUUACAGGUCAAGAUCUGGUGACAGAGAUUGGCCCAGCCAUGGAGCCAGGGACCCUAAACAAGCCCGAAAAAGACGUUUUCGGAGACGCUGAGGCGGCGGACGUGGAGAAGCAAGCCGUGCAACCAAAGGCGGCGCAAAGCAAAGGUGGCGUAAACAAAAAACCGCAACUGCGCAAGAAAAGAGCGCCGCUCACCGCAGACGCGCAGGUGAGGGAACGAAGUCCAAAACGAGAAGAAAAAGUCAAAGCGUUUAGCACGGGAUACAGUGACUCUAGCGAUUGACGAUGCUCAUUGUACAACUACAAAUGCAGACGAUAUGUUCUCGAUGAACCUCCCUUAUCCCCAUUCCCAUGUCGUACCAUGAUUCAAUUUUUUUUCGCGAAAGAAGAACUAAUCCCGAAUGAGCCAGGC